GCGGCGGGCGGCGCAUUACUACACCUCAAUCUGCGGGUCACUCACUCACAUCCAUACACAGAGGAGCAGAUCCUGCGUUUAUACGUCCACGUUUAAAACACACAGCUUCCUGCUGCUGAUUUUACACAUAUUUAUCGGACGGCCUUUGUUUAAGAAUGGCAGAUCAGCUGACCGAGGAACAGAUCGCUGAGUUCAAGGAGGCGUUUUCACUUUUCGACAAAGAUGGCGAUGGCACCAUUACCACCAAAGAAUUGGGCACAGUGAUGCGCUCAUUGGGUCAGAACCCCACUGAGGCCGAGCUGCAGGACAUGAUCAACGAGGUAGAUGCUGAUGGCAACGGAACUAUAGACUUCCCAGAGUUCCUAACCAUGAUGGCGAGGAAAAUGAAGGACACGGACAGUGAAGAGGAAAUCCGAGAAGCUUUCAGAGUCUUUGAUAAGGAUGGAAAUGGCUACAUCAGUGCAGCCGAGCUCCGUCAUGUCAUGACCAAUCUGGGGGAGAAGUUGACAGAUGAGGAAGUGGAUGAGAUGAUCCGAGAGGCAGAUAUUGAUGGAGAUGGACAGGUCAACUAUGAAGAGUUUGUCCAGAUGAUGACUGCAAAGUGAAGGAUUGGCUUAUCCUGCAUCUAUCUUUCUCUCUUACAUUGCUUGUCCUACAAAGAUCACUCUGUCUUUAAAAAGAAAAAGAAAAAAAGUCAAAAAUUUACUUCAGAGAGUGUUAGAAUUUCUAAUUCUUUGAUCUCUUACCAAAAAAUUUAAAAAAAAAAAAUUAAAUUAAAUUUCAAAAGCAAUUUGUGAAAAAUACUAGCAGAAUUGUCCCAGCAGAAGUGAAUGGACCAAGCAUAACUGCAUGAGCCCUUUUGGAGCAAACGUCUCCAGACCUGACAAAAAUUUUGAGGACAGAACGUCACUUUAGUCGCACACGAGUUGAAGUCAAGUGUUUAAAUGCUGAGAACACCUCCUUUCAUGAGUGUUAUUUCAUCGCUCAAAAAUAGAGUAAAUUAAAAUAGAAAAUAUAUAAUAAUGCUAAAACAUUGUGGUAAAUUGUCCAGGGUCACAGUGCUGCCUUCAAUACAAACUGAGCAAAAACAACUACGUGUAACCCUUUGGUGAAGUCAUGCUUUUGCAUAUUGCCUUCUCCUGUUUAAAACUCCAAACGGAACAAAACUGGAUGUUUAUGAAGACGUACAUAUUGUAAAAACCCGACAUCAUGCUCAUACUCUGUAUAACUGCGGUUUAAUGGCAGCGUACGACUUGAAGAGUGUCUUUAUAGGCUAUAAGGCAUGUACUUGAGGCACGAGCCAGUGGUUUCUGUCAGCUGGUUUUAAACCUUUAUGUUAAUGUGGGUUUUAUCUUUGAUGACUUCAAACUUCGUAGGAGCGUGGAGAUGCAAAGUAUGUAUAGCAGAAUUGAAAUGUGACAGAAUAACACAAAUAGCAUAACUGUCAAGUAUAUAGUUACAUAGAUAAUCAUCAUGCUAUCAUAAUGCAUAAUGCUUUCUAAAUGUACUGUUCUCCAAUAUUAACGUCUGGUAAAACUUUGCAUUGCCUAUUGUUAUUCUAGUUAGGUCUGUGACUUUUGUUUGAUCCAUGGUCUUGAAAUGUGCCAUAAUACUCGUAAACCUCAACUUUCUUGCAAGAGAUCUCGUAGUCAAUUAAGAAUUAUGUUAUCAAUCUAUGAAUAUACACACAAAUAUCUAUAUAUUUGCACUUUGGUGUAGGUUAUACAUUCAACCACAGAAGAGGAACCUGCUGCUGCUGCUUUUCUGGCUCAUUUGUCUCUUGCUCUCGUGAGUUUGUCAGAACCUCUUGUUGUCAAGUGCUCCAAAUUUCAUUUACGCUCUGCUUGCAAGACGACCGAUGAAGGUGAAACUGGAAUGUUGGUUAUUUUGAUGGGCAAAAAGAAUUAUGUUGCUAGUAAGACUAUGAAGGGCUUGUUAUUGGUCUAAUAAUUGGGUUAUUUAUUUUUUCUAGCCAAAAUGUAUUACUCCUCUGGAAGAGCUUUACAUAGCAUAUCUUACUCUGUUCUGGACUGUUUUGACAGUUUUGCAUUAGCAGGGUUUGAAAAUGAGCGACCGGACUGGGAAUACUCAAUAUGUGAAAUCUGUAUGGAUAAUAUGUGAAAUAUGUAUCGGUGUUUUCCAAUAAAAAAUAAAUGUAUACAGUAUGUUUAUGCAUACA